AAAGUGUCAAAUAAAAUUAUUAUCAUAAAUACAAAAAGUUGUUGUGGAAAAAUAUACGUAAAAAUAAUUUAUAAAUUUAACAUUUUCUGAAUAAAAAUUGUUUUUCGUUUAAUAUACCCUUCAAUUUUAAUAUUAUUAUGUGACAAUUAUCUGGUUGAUAAUAGUUUAAAUUAGGAGCAUUUAUUCCUUGUUUAUUUCUACAUACAGAAUAUUUUGUAUUUUUCGAAAUAAAAUACUCAAUCAUAUAAAAACAAUGCCAUUACCGGCAGCUCUAGCUGCUAAAUUAGCAAAGCGAGGUUUAAUUGGUGGAUCUGAAAAAGAAGAAGUCAUUUCCAAGGAACCAAAAAAGAAAAUACAUGAAGAAGUAAUUGCUGAAGAUUAUGACAAUACAAAAGAAGAGAUUGAUGAAAUAGACAUAUCACAAAAAUUUAUGGGAUAUUCUGGAUGUCCAAACAAAUAUAAUAUUUAUCAUGAAUGUACUAAAAAAUGUAAAGAGUUGUGGGGCGUGGGACAAACACAACCUAAUGAGAAAUAUUUAAAACUUCAAAUGAAACUUAUCCAGAAAUAUCCAUUACCAGAAACGUGGAAGGCUGUUUAUGAUCCUGGUGUCGGUCAACAUUACUAUUGGGAUUGGUCGUCUGAUUUAGUAUCUUGGUUACCACCUGGCCACCCAAAAUGCCAAAUUUCUCAACCAGCAUCACAGUUAAGAGAAGAAUUACAUCUUAAAGCUGCUGAUCAAGACGAUAUGUCGAGUGAAGACAGUGGUAGUGAUCAAGAACCUAUGGAAGUUGAAGGCUCCGAACCAAAAAAAGAUUACAAAGUAGUUACAAAAGAAAAAUUUAAAGUUCCUGAAAAUAGAAGAAGCUCAAAAUUAGAAGUUAAUAAAGAUAAAAAAGACCGAACUUUAGAUCCAAUGGAUCCAGCAGCUUACAGCGAUAUACCAAGGGGUAAAUGGUCUGAUGGAUUAGCUCGUCACAACGAAGCUAAAACUGGAGCUGAUACAACUGCUACGGGACCUCUUUAUCAAAUGAGGCCAUAUCCUAGUCCAGGAGCUGUUUUACGAUCUAACAAAUCAAAUAAACCUGAAUCCGAAAAUGCAAAUAAACCUAAAGUAUCAUUUCCUGAAACUCCAGAAUUGUGAAUUAAUUAUAAAAUGAAAAUUUUUGAUGAUCGAGCAAUACAAAUACAUUAUUUGUCAAUACAAUUAACAAAAUACAUUAUAAACUCUAACUUAUAAUAAUGAAGUAAACAAUAAA